AUGUCCUCUGAGAGCUCUCCCAACGGCCCUGGCGGGGGUGGCCCUCCUCCCCACCGUCGCAGCUCCAUUACCCAGGCCGCCCUCUCCAACCUCUUCCAACGGGGCCCCUCCAACGGCUCCAACGGCUCCUCCUUCUCCGCCGGCGGAUCCCUCAAUGAUCCCCAGAGGCGGCGGCUCUCUGUCACAACCAUCGGCCUCUCAGGCACCUCGCCCACCAACACGUCUGCCUUCAUGCGCAGGGGCAGCAUGUCCACCAACUCCGACUCCAUCGACGAGAGCGCGAUUGAGGAAGAGGACGUGCCCGGCGGUGGUGCCAGGACGGCCCCCAACACGCCCUUCGUUCGUCGCAUGAGCUUCGGUCAGCCGGCCAUGAGGGGAUACCGACCAGGCGGCAGUCCUGGCAAUGACCAGCAGGGCUUCAACUGGUCCGAACAGCUUAGGUCUCGUGCCGAGAGCUCCGUCACCGGUGCUCGUCCCUCCUUCUCACUCGCCUCUUCCCCUCCAAGAGGCUUCUCAACCCACGACCGCGCCAAGUCUGUCUCGGACAUGCCAAUGCCCCAGCCACCUGCCCAGGCGGCGGCCGUCAAGCCGAAGCAGGAACCCCGAAAGCCGGACGCCUUCCAGGAGCGGAUACUCAAGGGUGAUUUUUACAUGGACUAA